GCACCUGGGCAGCUACAGGGGAGAGAUGCCAGGUCAAUUUCUUUUGAGAAAUAUUGUUUGAGACAAUUGGGAAGGUAGCUCUGAAGACAUCUCCAGAUCUUCAUACAUUGAACAAGUAAGAUGUCAUUGAGAAAGACUGUUCAACUCAAUCCCGGUUUGAUCAAACAUGGAAAUGCAAGACUUGGUCGCAUUCCACCUCGUCAUGGCAUAUUCUCCUCAAGCCGGAGCCCUCCGCAGAUCAAUUCCUAUACACGAAUGUUGGCAACCUUUCAACAUGGCAGUACAAAUCUUACUCCCCUAGAACAACAACGCCUCCGUCGUCCCGUCUCACCGCAUAUGACAAUCUACAAAUGGCAAUAUCAAUCUCUGACAUCAAUUCUGCAACGAUUCUCGGGUAUAUUUCUUGCCGGGGGCCUUUAUGUGUUUGCUACGGGUUAUGUUUUGACGCCGAUAGUUUCGCCAGGGUAUACUGAUCUGUUUGAUAUCGAGACGAUUGUGGGUGCUCUGCGCGAGGUACCUGGUUGGAUAAAGGGAGUCGGAAAGUUUGCGUUGUCGAUGCCGUUUACGUAUCAUUUCUACAACGGGGUAAAACAUUUAAUGUGGGAUCUGGGUGUUGGGUUGAGCCAUAAGAGAUUCUUUGGGAGGUUAGCAUGGGUUGUGGCUGGAUUCAGUGUUGUGAGUUCUUUGGGGUUGGCUGUAUUAUAGUAGAUCAAAAAGGUGAACGUGAAUUCAAUAUAUACAGCUAUUUAUGAAAGUUUCGCCGACUUCCCCUCGCCAUUAUCACUCGACGAGAGAGUUGGAUUUGCCGACGCUGCUGCUGUCUUAUUCUCUUCAACAGUCGUAUCACUAUCCAACAAACGAGUAUCAGUGUCUUCCUCAUCAUCUUCCUCCGGAAGCAACAGAUUCAAAACCAACGCCAGCAAACCCGCAACCACAAAUCCGGUCGUCAUAAUCAACUCAAUCGCAUCAAUAAGACCAGUCAAUCCCUUAUUGUUACCGUGAUAUGUAAACACAUAUGAAAACCAAUCCGGCACAAGCGUAGCGCCCAUACCAACUGCAAACGCAGCGGUCAAAAUGAAACGAUUCCGACGCGUAAACGGCAUAGUGGCAAUAAUACGAAUACCGGAAAUAGCAACCGACGAAAACAAGAACGUCGUCAUACCCCCCAAUACAGGGGAAGGAAUAGCAACCAAUGCCGCAGCGAAUUUGGAGAAGAUACCCAUCACAAUCAAAAAGAAGCAACAGAAAUAACCGGCCCUACGACUUGCACAGCGGGUGAGAGCAAUAACGCCAUUGUUUUGAGCGAAUGUGGACAUUGGGGUG